AUGUAAUAACGACCUAUAAUUAAUAGAGACUUAUAAGAAAAAAAAGAUGUAUAUAGAUAUCUUACAAUUAGAAAGCAGCUUAAUCCUUACACGAUUAUAAAAAAAGUGUGGAACUUAAUUAUAAAGAGUAUGUUUCUUAAACAUCUGAAUAAUAAUUAAAUGAUUUUGAAAGUAUUUCACGACCUUCAGUAAAGAGCAUGCCAGUUAAGACAAGAGAUUUGCUGAAUAAAUAUAAGGCUCAACUUGAAAUAGUACCAAAAUUUUAAAUAGUCUCUAAACCAAAUCCUUAAUUAUAAAUAAAGUAACAUUAAGAGCUUGAAGAACAUUAAUAAAGUGUUUCUUCCCAACACUCAGAACCUCCAAAGAAUCCUUUUGAAGAUAGUCGUAAAACUAAGUAGGACGAAUAAAAUAUAUCAUUCAGCAGAUAGAAGGAGGUUUAAUUGCCUGAUAGUUAAAUUAAAUAAGAUAUUGUUUAAAUUGACUAGUUUGGACAGAAAAAUCCAUUUGAUAGUUUAAAUGUAAUGCAAUUUACUUAAAUAUAAAUGUUUGAUCCUUAUGUAAAGACAAUAUCAGAUAGAAAUUUAGUAAGUCAUUAUACAAGUUAAGAGAGCAGUAACAUCUAAAAUUUAAGUUAAACUUAAGAAAAAUCACUAGAUUCCUAAUAAUUUUAUGAUACAAUAGAGGAGUAAGGACAAUUCUAAUAAUCAGGUAAGGUUAAUAGUGGAACUCAAUUUUAAAAAUUUGAUUAUAACUAGUAAUCAUCACGAACUUAUAAAAGUAUUAAAGAAGAGAAUCAAGAUGAAUUAAGUAGUAUGACUCAUUCAUCUCAUUAAGAGGAAAAUGCUCAUUUAAAUUAAAGUCAAAUUUAUGAAAGCCUAGAUUAAGAGUCUUAAUUAGUUGAAAAAGCAUAAAGAUGGAGUUAGUAUCAAGACAUUCCAUAAAAUACAGCCUAAUUUAAUCCUAAUGUGUAACCAACAAUUUUAGAAGUUAAAUAAGAAGAUCAAAAUUCAUUAUAUAUAAAGCAAGAUACUACUAAUAAUGAUAUUAGUUAUGGAUAGUCAUUUGAUUAGGCAUAGCAACAAUCUAGUUAUUUAAAUAAUUAAGUUAACUCUAAACUUCUGGAUAAAGUUACGAUAAAAGAUGGAAUUACAAUGAAUAAUCAUAUAAUAUUUAAGAAACUGUCCUAAGAAUUAGUUAUUGAUAUGGAGAAAUUUGAAUAAAAUAGUCAUUUAUUGAAUAGUAUCAACAAAACCUAAUUAUUGUUUAUUACAGAGAAAUAUUUUGAUCUUAUGAUUAUAUAAUGCAAUAAGAAUUUAUUGUAAGAUUUUCGAUUAUUAAAGAAAUUAUAAUCAUACUUAUAUAAGAAGGAUGUUAUUACUUUAAGAAAUUUUAUGAAAUAAUUUAAGAUUAAUAAGGAUAAAUAAUUAGAGAAAUAUGAAAAGGAUAGGAUAUCUAGAUAGUUUCUCUUUUAAAAAUAGUAAUAAUUAAAAGAAAAUAUAUUUUCAGCAUUACAAUAAAAUAAAGUUGUUUAGAUAUAGUUUUUUCAAAAUACUAUUCAAUUAAUGAAUAAGCAUAAAUUGAAAGUAUUAAUGAUUAGAUGGAAAACUUAAGUAUACUAAUAAAAGAUGAAAAAAUAAAUGGAUCUUUAAUAUAAACAAUUUUUAUUUAAUAGUUGGUUAAAUGUAACUAAAAGGGAGAAAAAGGCUAAAGAUAUUAAAUGUUUAACAAAAUAUUAUUUUACAACAAUAAAAAAAUAUUAUUAGACUUGGAAAUAUUUCACUUACUAAUAAUAAAGAUUACAAUCCAAAUUUCUUAAUGCAUAUAGAAAUGUGAAUUUAAUGAAAAAGAAAUUUAUAAUGUUACAAUGGAUUAAUUUUAUUUAGGAAGUGAAAAAAGAAAAGGAAUUUGAAUCUUAUGCAAAAUAAGCUAAUGAAUACAUUCCUGUUAAGGUAAACCUUAAACUCUAAAAUAUAAAAAUCUAUAAUAUCAAAUGA